CUCUCUCUCUCUCUCUCUCUCUCUCUGCAGCAGCGAUGAAGAAGUUAUGAAGUAAAUCUUAAUAACAUCUUCAAUGAACAAGUGAGUCAUGCCGCCCGCCACACACCGGCAACAGUUAUCAGUGCAGAGCAGCCAUGCACCCCCAGCCACUGAUCCCGGUCUCCCAUCAUUCACUUAGUCAUUUCACCCUGCCAGGGAGCUUCCCCCAACGCCCCUCUCAUCUCAGUAAUGUCCGGAUACAAGGCGUAGAUGAGAGAACGGUGAGAGUGAUAAGGAGAUAAUAUUAGUACCUCCAUUGUUGUGCUGUUAAGAUACGCACCGAAUGUGACGGAUGGCGGCUGUAGGGGAGAGGGGUGAGAGCAAAAGGCUCGUGUCAUGCUGAUGGAAUGAAAACGUUUGUUGUUGUGGGUGUUGUUGUUGUUGUUGUUGUUGUUGUUAUUGUUGUUGUUGUUAUUAUUAGUGUUAUUAUUAUUAUUAGUGUUAUUAUUAUUAGUAGUAGUAGUAUUGUUGUUGUUAUUUAUUUAUUUUUAUUUGGCGUCACUCAUAUUUUCGGCAUUCCUGUGGGCUGUGGACGGCAUUGUUUUUUUGAUAAUUACCUCUUCACCUGGCGAACAAUGGUGAGGCGAGGCAACCUUGGAGAGUAGUCUUGUGGCACCGUCCAUUGCCAGUCCAUUGCCCACCGCCGCCUGCAGGAGUGACUGCCGCCAGUCCACCCUCCCACCGCCGCCUACAGGAAUGACCGCCGCCAGUCAACCCUCCCACCGCCGCCUGCAGGAGUGACCGCCGCCAGUCCACCCUUCCACUGCCACCUGCGGGAGCGACCGCCGCCGUUAGCUUCGCAUUGCGUGUUUCCGCUCAUCUGGACUCUGUUCAAUCAGUACUUUACACCGGGAAAGGCGGCGUUAUGUCUGCCACAAACCUGUGGCAAUUUGACAGAAAGAACGUGUAAAGAUAUCGGAAACCUAUUCAUGUGAUAUUUUCAUAACUGCUCUGAAUUACUUUUGAACACUAAUCUCUUUCUAACAAAUAUUUAUACAAUGGUUCUGCUGGAUCCUACGAACGAAGCCAGCCCGCUGCUGGGGCCGUCGGGGGCCAAGAGAAGCAGUUCUGCUCUAACGAAGGUUCUGCCGCAGCGGCCGCCGCAGCCGCCGCCGCCUCGCACGGGACUCUGCCGCUGUCUGUCGUUUGUGACGGUGGAGCCUGCGCUGUUUCUGCUAGCGAUGAGUUAUUCCAUUGAGCUAAUCUUCAAGACCAACAUGCUAGUGGACAAGACGUGUUCCAUCCAGCUCCAGUAUUCCCUCGAUGUCUGCCGCAACUUGGACACUGGCAAUUACAAAGCACAGCAAGCCUCCGUGCAGAGGCUCACCGCAAACUACAACAUGUACUGCCAGAUCCUUGAGCUACUGCCUGGUGCCCUGGUCAUGCUGCUGCUGGGCACAUGGAGCGACACGCGCAGCCGCCGCCUGCCGCUGCUGCUCCCUAUAGUUGGCUCCACGCUCAAGUCCCUCGGGCUGUGCUGCAACGCCUACUGGUGGUCUCUGCAGCCUUUUUACGUCACGCUGGCCUACAUUCCCUUUGGCCUCUCUGGGGGGAUGAUGGCAACCUUCAUGGCCUCCUAUGCCUACGUGAGCGAGGACUCUGGUGACUGGGGACGGACCACGCGCCUCUCCCUCGCAGGCAUGGCACUGUUCGCGGCGCUCCCCUUUGGCAACGUUCUUGGAGCAGCACUUUUCUCCCAUGGAGGAUACGUCGCUGUAUUCGGGAUGGAAUUCAUAACAAACUUGCUUGCCUUUAUUUAUAUUGUGAUCAGGCUCAGGGAGGAAAGACCUAAACAGGUUAGCAGGAUUACACAGGAAGGGAAGAGCACGACGCCGCUGAAUCACCUACGACAAUCACUGGCGGCAGUGGGGCGGCAGCGGCCAGCGGGCGGGAGGGCGCUCAUCUUGGGCCACAUCUGCUGCAUCUUCCUCUACAUGAUAACCUUCGGAACCAUAAAUUUCAUGGUGCUGUACACUCGAGCCAAGUUCAAGUGGGACUACAAUCAGUUCACGCCCUGGAUGAUCUGCAACUCCUGUGCCAGCAUAUUAGCGGCCUGUUUGCUGGUGCCACUGCUUAGCCUCCGCUGGCACAUUGAUGACACCAUACUGGCCUUCAGCGGGGCAGCCUCCCAUGUUUUCUCGGGAUUGUUAAUUGGGACAGCGAACCAGCAGUGGAUCCUCUAUUUAGCAGUGGCCCUCUCAGCAGGGGGAGGCAUCACCAUCUCCUGUUCCCGUGGCGCUCUUUCCAAGCUGGUGGCACCAGACGAACUGGGAGCUGUGUUCUCUGUAGUGGGCAUUUUAGAAUCCCUGGCACCCAUCAUCAGUUCUCUGGUCUACACCCCCAUCUAUAAUAUGACCCUGAAUGUGUUCUCUGGCACUGUGUUCCUCAUCAGUGCCGCCCUCACUCUGGUCAUCUGCUGCAUCUACACAUGGCUGGCGACUGCUUUCCCUUUUCCACCCAGCACUGGCUCUAAAGAGGAAGAAGGCUGAGGAUACAUCUGUGCACCCUCUACAGCAUACUUGGAAUGGGACUUUAUAGUGGACAUGAGUGUGGCAGAUGAGAAGGGGGCAUGAGCACACCCUCCAUUGGCAUGGGAAGGCAGCAUUGAGGUGUGUGCCCGGAACGGCAUUGUCAAUUUAUUCUGGGAAGAUUUACUGAAAAAUAGCUGCAUGCAUUUUGUCUUUACUCAAUUUUUUCAGAGUCUGUAAUAGGAAGUUAGCAGAAGUUUUAUUUUUAGGUAUUUCACUUUUAAUCAAAAGUUAUUUUUUUUUUUGGAGGAUCUAUAAGAAAAAUGAAUAGGGAAGAUGUCAAACUUACUGUAUUAUGAUUUAAUUAGCUUGCAAGUGGGUUUUUGAGGCUGUGUGGCAUAGAUGUUGAGAAAAUAUACUCACUCAAUUGUGAUUCAAGAAAAAUAUAUGAAAUAAAACACUCAAAUAGAAGGAAUGGAGAGAUUCAACAAAUACACCACACUAUCAUUAUGAACACUAAUAACUUAAUUAUGUAAGUCAUACAGGAAUAAAUUGUAAAAAAAGGGGCUGCAAGAAAUUUAUGGUUCUUAGAGACAGUCAUAGUUUCUACCCCACUUAAGCUUAUCUGUCACACCAUCUCAUUCUUCUCCAUUUCCACCACAAAUGUAUUAUAACUCUCCACUGUGAGAUAGACUGAUGCAGCUAUGUGAGUUUGAGGUGAAUGACAAAACUAGUAUUAGAAUAUACUUUAAGGCACAUUUCUAUACCUUCCUCUUAAAAUAAAAAUUAUAGUUAUAUAAAUUGGAAAGAUGAAUAAUAAAAC